AUGUCUAAGGAGGCGCGUGGUGUGUACGCUGAGCUGCCCAGCCGUCAGCAGGUAAGGUUUCAAUUUUAGUUUACGUUAACAAUAUCUUUGCUCACUUGCACCCAUGAAUUUCAUGUUGCAAUUUUCUAAUGUCAGCCUUUUCGAUGUGCUUGUAUGGAAAGUUGAGGCAGUUUGAUAGAAAGACAGGCGUAAACAAGAACACUGAAAUUUGGCGAACGGCUGCGCUUACAUGACGAUUAUUUUAGCUAUUUAAGUCAACCCCUUAUCCCAUCACGUUGAGUUGUACUGUUGUUGUUGUUGUUGUUCACAUCACUUGUGUCAAGUGUCAUGCAAAAUAUAACGAAAAUGCUGAUAAAUUAAUGUAAAUAUAACUGAUAAUUCUGACUACGGAAGAUGCCUUCGUUUCUCAAUUUGGUUAAGUACUGCCAUAGUAGCGGGUGUAAAAUAAUUUUUUGCAAAUGAACAUUGAAAUCAUGCGGAGUCUCAUAUGCGAAAGUAUUUCUCCAUAUCGACCAUACAAAUAUUGAAGUGCAUGUGUCGGGGUCUUUGAUUGGUACUAAAAUUUUCAAAGAAAUUAUACUAUUUACGAAUGAGCUAUGCAGAUCCAACCAAGCAUAUAAAGUAGGUCUGGAUACUACCUGAACGAGAUUAACCAAUUGCUUUUACUCUUACUGUACCUGUAGUGUUCAUAUUCAAGGAAAGGUCUGCAGAAUUCGGGGUUAUUAUUAACUGGUUUGUACUAAAGUGGGAACGGUACUCGCCUUGUCUGUUUACUCUUUGACAAUCUGCAUACUUAUGCGUUGUAUUUGCGUGAAAUUUUGUUUCAAAAUCACAUUUCAGCAAUUUGUUGUUACGACAACUAGUUUCGCAAUGCAUUAUCAACCUCGCGCAAACUUAGCUGGACUGCAUAUUCGGCCCCAUAUGCUCUCUGGGUAGCCGUUCACUCCUGCUGAGUGACGUCAGUUACGCCACUAGCAGAUUGUAAUUUUUGUGAUAUUUAAAAGUUUGCUACAAACAGAACCAAGGCCCGCUCUAAAAAAAUGUUGUCGUUUAACCAAUUAUGUGAACUAUUGUAUUCGCAUAACGACAACCCCUACAGUUUAAGUUCGCCUCCGAACCUAUCACGUCAGGGUUUGAUUUAACGACUUGCAUCUGCCGUUCCUCCCUCCAGAGCUCACAACUCCAACGCAUCAGAUCGCAAUUCCUACUUCCCAUAAAUAAGCACAAUGAUUAUACCGACUGUCCUCGGCUGUGUGGCCACAAUUUUUGCCUGGAUGCUGCAAUAUCAGAAUGGUGGCCUGCUCAAUGUCUUUCUGAAGCCCGUACCAUCCAGUGGUAG